AUGGCUUAAGAAAUUAAGGAAUUUCUUAAUAGGAAGGAUUACUAUGAAAUAUUGGGAGUGUCAAAAUCAGCCACUGAUGAAGAGCUCAAGAAGGCUUAUAGAAAAUUAGCUUUGAAAUUCCACCCUGAUAAAAACUAAAAUGAAGGAGCUCAAGAAGCAUUCAAACGUGUUGCUUAAGCAUAUAAUUGUCUUUCAAAUCCUGAUAAAAAGAGAGUUUAUGAUCAAUAUGGAACAGAAAAACCAGAAAAUUAACGCUACCAGCACCACUAAGAUUAAAAUGGAUAUUAUUAUGAGUAAUCUUAUGGUGAUGACUUUGCUAAUGAAAUCUUUAGAGCUUUUUUUGGUCCACAAAGAGGCCAUCCUUAAAAUAGACAGCAUCAAAAUGGUUAAGUCAAUAUGUAAUUUCUGCAAUUUCUUCCUAUAUUAAUGUUGAUACUUUUAUCAUCAUAAGGGUUUUUGUCGUUAUUUUAAAAAGCUCCCAUUUAUUCUUUCUAAAGGUCGUAUGAAUACCCAACUUCCUAAACCACUAAAACACUAUAAGUCAAAUAUUUUGUUGCAUCAAAUUUCAAGGAAGAAGUCUCAACAAAGGAAAAACUAAGAGAAAUUGAAUUGGAAAUUGAAUAGUAAUAUGUAAAUUAGUUAAAGCGAGAUUGCAAUAAUGUUGAAUACAAAAGAUCAAUGUAUGAAAGCUAUGCAAACAGAGCUUUUUAUCAAAAAGAUCGUGAUUCAUAUCGAAAUGCUAUCAGAAGAUUAGACUUCUCUUCAUGUGAUUAAUUAGAUGAUCAUCGAAGAACUAUUCCUAGAUUUGAUCAAUUAUAUUGA